GAGGGAAGUGAAAAGAUGUUAAAUACCAAGUCCAGCUCACCUGGUCAACUUGGACAUUUGGCUUCUGUCAACAUGAAGGCUCUCCUUAUUGUGGGGCUUCUCCUCCUUUCUGUUGCUGUCCAGGGCAAGAAAUUUGGGAGGUGUGAGCUUGCCAGAACUCUGAAGAAACUUGGAUUGGCUGGCUACAAGGGAGUCAGCCUGGCAAACUGGAUGUGUUUGGCCAGAUGGGAAAGCAAUUACAACACACGUGCUACACACUACAAUCGUGGAGACAAAAGCACUGAUUAUGGGAUAUUUCAAAUCAAUAGCCGCUGGUGGUGCAAUGAUGGCAAAACCCCAAGAGCAGUUAACGCCUGUGGUAUACCCUGCAGCGCUUUGCUGAAAGAUGACAUCACUCAAGCUGUAACAUGUGCAAAGAGGGUUGUCAGAGAUCCACAAGGCAUUAGAGCAUGGGUGGCAUGGAGAAACAAGUGUCAAAACCGAGACCUCACAAGUUAUGUUAAGGGUUGCGGAGUGUAACUGUGGAGUUUUUGUCUUCAGCUCAUUUUGUCUCUUUUUCGUAUUAAGGAAGUAAUCGUUGAGUAAAAGGUUAUACUAUCACUCUUUCAAACAAAUAAUG